AUGCCUCACUCCCUCCCCCCCGUUUUCCGCUUCUUCUGGCCCAGCUACUCCUGCUCUCUGUUUCCCCUCAUGUCCACCAGCGCAGAAACCCUCACGUCGCCUGAAAAGCCUUCACUCGACAAAGAACUCAAGCCAGAAGUAACGGAAGUAACAGAGUCAACAAAGUCUGAGGGAGAUGAGAUCGAAUAUCCCACCGGCAUAAGACUCGCAUUGCUCACGCUCGCCUUAUGUCUUUCGGUAUUUCUUGUCGCUCUCGACAACACAAUCAUCGCUGUCGCCAUUCCCCAAAUCACCAAUCAAUUCCACUCGUUGGACGAUGUAGGGUGGUAUGGCUCAUCCUAUCUUCUGACGACUGCGGCGACCCAAUUGCUGUUCGGAAAAUUCUACACAUUCCUGCCGGUGAAGUGGACAUACGUUACUGCCAUUACCAUCUUCGAAAUCGGGUCUGCUAUCUGUGGUGCAGCUCCAAACUCAAGUGCACUCAUCAUUGGACGAGCAAUCGCCGGCCUGGGAUCAGCAGGCAUCUUUUCAGGCGCGCUGAUCAUCUUAGCCAACACAGUACCGCUUGAGAGACGCCCGAUCUAUACUGGACUAGUUGGUGGCAUGUAUGGUAUUGCCAGUGUUGCGGGUCCUCUCAUGGGUGGUGCUUUCACGGACUCCAAACUCACUUGGAGAUGGUGUUUCUACAUCAACUUACCUGUUGGAGCCGUGACCUUGGCUGUGGUCAUUUUCCUUUUCAAAAUGCCCAAAAGGCACGACAUCAUCGAGAAUAUUCCGUCAUCCUUCACGGGCCGCCUCGCACUCUUCGAUCCUCUCGGCACUGUUCUUUUCAUUCCUGCGAUUGUUUGCAUCCUUCUUGCUCUUCAAUGGGGUGGCUCGAAAUAUGCAUGGGGUUCGGGCACUAUUAUCGCACUCCUGGUCGUAUUCGGGGUCCUCAUAUGCGCCUUCAUCGCCAUUCAGAUCUGGAAGCAAGAGAGCGCCACGAUUCCGCCUCGAAUUGCGAAACAAAGAAGUAUUUGGAGCGGCGCAAUCUAUAUAUUCUGUAUCGGCGGCGCGUUCUUCAUUCUCAACUUUUAUCUCCCCCUCUGGUUUCAAGCUAUCCGCGGCGUUUCCGCUGUUCAUAGUGGUAUCGACAACCUCCCGCUUAUUUUGGCCGUUGUCAUCGCUUCGGUUCUGGCUGGCGGGCUCAUUACGGCGAUUGGAUAUUAUGCCCCUUUUAUGAUCCUCUCCGCUGUUCUUACCGCCAUUGGCACUGGCCUUAUCUCGACAUUGAAAGUGAAUUCGAACCACACCAAAUGGAUGCCCUACGAAAUUAUUUGUGGACUCGGUAUCGGACUGGGCAUGCAACAACCCAUGCUUGCCGCUCAAGCUGUCCUCGAUCUCAAAGAUGUUCCCACAGGCACAAGUAUCAUAAUGUUUGCGAACACACUGGGGGGUGCCUUGUUCAUUUCGAUUGGACAAAACGUGUUCACCAACAAACUCAUCGAUGGGCUCGUGGCGCAUGUUCCAGGUAUAAAUCCCAGUCUCGUUCUCAGCGCAGGAGCGACGAGCUUGAAAAACGCUGUUGAUGUCGCAGACCUGCCAGGGGUUCUACUUGCCUACAAUGAUGCCCUCGUCGCCGCAUUCUAUGCCGGCACUGCUAUGGCGUGCCUUUCCAUUGUUGGGGCGCUAACCAUCGAAUGGGUUAAUAUCAAAGGAAAGAACAUUGAAAUGGCCGUUGCAGGGUGA